AUGUUAACUCCUCCUAUCAAUAUCCAAAAAUGGGUUGAAGAAAAUAAGCAUUUACUUCAACCGCCUGUAAAUAAUUUUUGUCUUCAUAGAGGAGGGUUCACAGUCAUGAUCGUCGGUGGGCCAAACGAGAGAACCGAUUAUCAUGUUAACCAAACUCCAGAAUAUUUCCACCAAUUAAAGGGUAAAAUGUGUCUUAAGGUAGUGGACGAAGGAGAAUUCAAAGAUGUCAUUAUCGAUGAAGGCGACUCGUUUCUUUUGCCAGGGAACGUACCCCACAAUCCUGUGAGGUUUGCUGAUACUAUUGGGUUAGUAGUCGAGCAAGACAGACCUGAGGGUAUCAACGACAAGAUAAGAUGGUACUGUCUGAAAUGUAAAGAAAUUGUACAUGAAAAGGAGUUCUACUGUACGAACUUGGGUACUCAGAUCAAGGAAGCUAUCUUAGAGUUCGAUGGUAACGACGAAGCAAGGACCUGUUCCGCAUGUGGAACCUACAACCACUCAAAACCACAGUAA